AUGGGCUGCCAGUCAAGUCGAGAAGACCUAAGCAAGGAAGAACGAGCGAUUAUGCUUAUGGAAGACCAGCUUGAAUUUUUUAAAAAUACCUGCAAGAUUGUAGAUCUGAAUUUCAGGAAGUAUUCUUCUAAUGGAUCGAUAAAUGCCAAUCAAUGAUCAGACAUAACAAAAUCCCUUGGGAUCAAAACCAGAAACUGCUAUCAAUGCCCAAAGGUUGAAGAAUUCUAUGAGCGGCACAGAACUAGCAAUGGAGAUUAUCGCAUAAAGCCUUUGUUAACACUCGGCAUUUUGAUGAGCAGCGGGACUUCUCGCCAAAAAUCAAAGCUUUUAUUUGAGAUGCUGGACCCUACGAACUCAAAAGAACUGAGAAAAGAGGUAAUUGAAGAGAUGCUAGGCUAUAUUCUUGACGUCUGCAUCAAUGAUCUCCCUGCCUUGGUAUCGAAUCAAACUUAUCCACCUGUGUCUGAAUUUAAAGUUCGGAGCUAUGUCCAGAUGCUCGUUGACUGUAGAGAGGCUGCAAAGGAAAAGCUACUUCAUAUUUUUUUGAAUGGAAAUCCAAAAGAAAAAGAAGCUGUGACUUUGCAUGAGUUCCAAGAGGUUUUUCACGAUGAAACAAAUGCAAGAUUGUUUUUCCCACAUGGAGUAAGCUAAGUCAUGUUAAAAGCUAUUCUGGCUAUAGGCGGGUAAACCAACUAGGCACCACCCAUCUUGGCUUUAAAGGCCAGCCUUUGGAUUUCCGACCUGAAAAGCCUGCUCAAGAGAUUAGCUACUUAGGGCAGGCCACCGUCUGUGAGGUGCUGUGAUGAGCCCGAUGAGGAGAAAACUUUAGAAGGCAAAACUAUCUAGCAGAGAUAUAAAAACCUUCUAGGAGAAAUAAAACUUCUCUGCUCGGUAAGGUAUCUCUAAAUCUGAAGACCUACUUCGAAAGGGAGCAAGGCGUUAUUUAAGCUUCAUCAGAAUGGGUCCUACCUGCUCCAUAGAAGUGUGUCUCGGAGUCCAAUUUCUAUAAGCAUCGCGAAUUUAUUUAUGCACGGAGUAAGGCAUUUCGUGUUGAAGAAUGGGCAUGAUGUGCAUAAGCUAGAGCAUAAAUUAAGGAAAAUGCAAGAGGAUAAUUUCGGAACUAUUGAAGACAAAAAGGAAAAUGUCGAAAACUUAGGAACAGCAGAAGAUAGAAAGGAAACUGAAAAUAAAUAA